GUUGUGAAUAUGGACUCCAUGGCGCUGUGGAGCACUGUUGCGGUGCAGCAUUUCAUGAGUUACAUCGUCUGGAUCAACGGUGCGUCAUCGUUUGUUCCUGUGCCUGUUGUGCUGCCCUUGAAGAGAAGGCGAAGGCUGCAUUCCGCCACAAGACUGCAGCGAGUGUCUGUGUCAUCAUGGAGAGAGACUGUCGAUGGUGCCCUGAAGGAGACUAGUGGCGAUGAUGAUGCGACCGGCCGUGUCUACCCACGCGACGGGAGGGACUGGCCAGCAGAGAGCGACGAUGACCUGGUGUCUUACCUCACCGUUGACGAUGCCUUCGGCGUCACGUCGGCCUCUUUUGAUGAGGGCUUCUCUCCCGCCUCCGAGGAGGAUCGUACCGCUAGUCGAGAGGCACACUGCAGGCAAGCUCCCUUCAACGGCCAAGAGUCCGGACUCGCGGCAUCGACGGCAACUCCCCGGGAGCGGCGAGAUCCGACAAUCUCGACAGAGCCCGCACUAUCGUUUCGGAAGGUCCGAAGCGAAGCGGCGCCAAGUGUGCAGAAGCGGGCAGAUGGGGGAGCCUCACGGGCACCAGACGAGCGGCAGCCUCAGUAUGUGCCUGAAAUUAUCCGGUUGGCCCGGAAUGGUGACAUUGACGGGGCGAUGGAGCUGCUCGAGCGGUACGAGGAGUCUCGCGUGAAGCGCGUCGGCGACAGGGUGCACUUGAACGUCAAUCGGGACUGCUACACCGUGUUGCUGAAUGUGUGUGCGCUGGACCACGACAUCACGAGGACCCUUACAGUGUACUCCAAGAUGGUCAAUGCCAAUCUGGACCUCACCGAGCCCGACUAUGUCGCUCUCAUACGCGCCUAUGCCAAGAACAGCCAGCUCAAAGAGGCAUUCCAGAUCGCCCUUUCCAUGAUCCAACAGGUAUUCGAUGCGGGCCGGGGGUCACAAAGCCUCAUGCCAUCCAUUAUCUAUCGUGUGUCGUGCCUGAUGGAUGCGUUCGUUUCUGCCCGUCCUUUCUUUCUUGGUCAAGGGAAUAGCGCCGAAGCUGCGAACAUACAAUCCCAUCUUAGAAGGGCUGUGCAGUCAGGGUGACUUGGACGGAAUAUUCGAUUUACUGCAGCACAUGAAGCACCAAGCUCUCUUCCCGGGUGAGCCAGACAAACACGGGGCUGAGAGGGCGAUUCGCUCAUGAGUGGUGGUCUGUGUGCGUGUGUGUGUGUGUGUUUGAUUCAUUCACUCAUUCAGCUCACGAGGAGAUUCUUCUUACCCUGCGGACUCUCAAAGAUCACGGGCUGCUGUUCAGCGGCGACGCUUUGUGGCAGGAACGAGUCAACUUUCUGAUGAAUCUUCUGAUCGAGGAGACAUCCGACCUUCACGUACGGGUGGCGGAGGACUUUGUGCGUGAGCUUGCCCCUACCGCCCCACGAGAAGGAGCUACAUCAACAGGAGGGCAAGAGCCCCCCCCACGGGCGGCAGCGAGGAUAGUGUCGAUCGAAGAUGGCUGGUGUCCUGCGUGUGGCGAGAGGCUGGAAACGGUGCGAUUGGACUCGAGGGAGGGACGGCGACUAAGGCUGGCAGUGCUCAAACUCGCCGCGCUCAGCCAUCCCAAGGAGGUCUGCGGACUCGAGAUAUUCAGGAGAUUCCUCAUGAGGUCACAUCAGCCACCCAGCAAGGCCUGGAUGCACACUGUCGCACAUCCAUCUUAGGGGACACACACUUACAGGCAGAUUGAUGGGUAUGAUGUGACGUGGCGUAUGAAUGUGUCCAUCCAUCGUGUUGUGUGCAGCCGCGGUCCGUUUACGAUGAUAUUGGAUGCGCCCAACAUAGCGUACCAGCGCCAGAACACGAAUAGGGGUCACUUCAGCUACCUGCAGAUUGAGAUGGUUAAGGAGGAGCUCGUGCGGCGAGGCGAGCGGCCGCUUAUCGUCCUCCCCAGGCACUAUUACUGGGACAGGGUCAAAGUCCCCAACUGCUCCAAAGGCACAAUUCGCACACUCGCAAGGUAGGGACACACAAACCGGACUGUAUGUAUGUAUUUACUACCCCUACAGGGAGGGAGGGAGGAACGCAACAACCAGGAGACAGACAGACAGACAGACAGGCCAGCCGGCAGUGAGUGCGUCAGGAGUCCCACUUGGCUUGCGUGAAGCAUCAUGAUACGUGUCCGUCCGCGUAUGUGAGUAUGGUUGACUUGGCUGCCCGUUUGUCUGUCUGUCUGUCUGUCUCGCUGACCAGGGAGGUGUACAGCGAGCGUACGGUGAAUUGGGACGUACUUGCGCCUGAGGACAAGGAGCUGGUCAAGAAGUGGGAGGACGAGGGAUGCCUAUUCGUAUGCAACUUCAAGGUACCAUGGCACCGCAUCGCACUGCAGCCACAGGGGGAAAGAAUGAAUCGCGAGCUAGGUGCUGUGUGUCACUAUAUCCCUCCCUGUUGGUUGCGAUGCAACUGCUGGUGUUUGCUUUGCAGGCGCACGAUGAUUACUACUGGAUACUGGCGACGCUGAUGGAGGACACGACCCUUCUGCAUGAGUCGGUGCCCAACAACAUGAAGGCUCAGUUCCUCAGGAGGCUGGACGACUAUCGAGCCAGUCGGGGUGAGGGCGGUGGGGCCGGGGGUGAGACGGCCGUCAGCACCAUCGGGCGAAACCACCCGCCUGUCUAUAUUGUCACCAACGACCUCCUCAGAGACCAUCACCUCACCAUGCUAGGUCAGGUGGCACCCACCCACACAUGCCAACAAGGGAAGGAACUAGCGAGGGAGGGAGCGAGGGAGGGCCUGCCUGCAUGCCUGCCAAGAUGGUCUGUCUGCAACGUGUGUUUCCCUUCAUGUUGUGCCCGCCUCCUUCUGUAGAGCCCCGAGCGUUUCGUCGGUGGCGGUCCUCGACGCUCAUUAAUUUCGACUUUGAGCGACCUAUCUCACGUAAGGACCAGGGGUCGUCUGUGUAUCUGUGUAUAUGUGUAUCUGUGUAUCUGUGUAUCUGUGUGUAUGUGUGUAUGGGUCCCUCCCUCCCAGAUCUGGACCCCCAAUCCCUCUCCCGCAGGCCCGACUUUCACGUGCAAUGGCCGCCCACCUUUUCCCGCGAGCCGCAGAAGGUCGAGGGGAGGAGGUGCUGGCACAUACCCGUCUGGUACCCUGACCAAUGGCGGGAAGCACCCUCCCGCUCCACUGGAGCCAAGAAGCCAAGACAGCAGCGCAUGCUACCGGAGCCGGAGAGGAAACAAACAGGAUGGCUAUGUCUAUGUCUGGACCUAUGACUGACGGACGGACGUGUGUGUGUGUG